GUUCCCAACAAUGCCAAUAUGAUUGUCCACAUGAGGACUCACUCUGGGGAGAAGCCCUACAAGUGUGACCAAUGCACGAAGCGGUUCAGUCUGAAAGGCACCCUGAAUAGACACAUGAUGAAUCACUUUGGAAAAAUCACCAGGAAAUCUGCAGCUGCACAUAGACACUAUCUACUCUGUCCAGUUUGUUUGAGGACCCAAGAGUCUCUAUCCUGUCACCUGCGCAGAGUCUGCAUGAAGGAUAAGACACCACCACAGAUCCUAGAGGUGGUUGAAAAGGCCAAGAAAGAUGUGUGUGACCUCCUGAAGAAUGGACGGGCUUUUAGUUAUGCAGUCCUGAAGCAAAUCGUCUCAUCACCAAAUCCACUCGAAGGAUUGAUUGAGGAGCUGAAAUACCAUCACUUGUUUGUGACAGGAGUCCCUCCUCCUCUGCCCAUUGGUAAUCCAAGGUUGGUCACCGAAACCCUUUCUGAAUGCCCUGGGGAGGCACCCGGAGAAACAGAGCCAUCUGAUGUGGAAUCUUGCGGCAGCAAUGAGCUUUUUCAAUGUAGACAAGAGAAAACGUAUACCAAAGACAAAAUGGUGAAAGCGAAGGAUUUAGGCAUUUUGAAAAAGCAUUCAGCAGAUCAUCCAUUGCUCAAGCGCUUUGCCGACUACCUAAAGAAUGAUUACGAAAAUGCAAAGUACCAACAGGAGGUUGACACUGUUUCCCGGUACCUGUAUUUUGCUGAUCCUACGGAACCAUCUUUGAAGUUUGUCAAUGACAGAGAGAAGCUCAGAGACUUCCUGGGUCAACAGGCUAAGGCAGGGUAUAAGGCACAAACAUCAGGAAAUUACAUCAAGUGCUUGAAAAGGUUCUUGGAGUUCCACUUGACAAGGACCGGCUUGAGACAGGAUGACGGGGAGCUCUACAAGCAGUGCACAUUAUAUUUGAGUUUUUUAACUUCUUCACAGAGUGUCCUCUCUAAGCAAGCGAGCAAAGAAAUUGUGCAAAAGAGUCAUGCCUUGUCGUUUGACAAAAGUCAACCCACACCUCGUGAAUGCUUGGCUGUUCUUGAUAAAGGUGAAGGUGACUUAGUGAAAAUCAUGAAUCAACUUGAUGACAGUUCUUCUUCCUCCCUGAGUAGGACUGAGUGCAUAUUUGUGCUAUACUAUCUUGAGGCAAUUGUCAUACUAAGACACUGCCAACAGCCAUGUGUGGUGCAGAGCAUGAAGGUCAAGGAAUGGCUUGAACGGAAAACACGCAGAUGAUGAUUCAAUCGUUUUUGUAAAGGACCACAAGACGGCUGCACAUUUUGUGGUCUCAAUUGUCCUGUCCAAGAAGGAGGAGGCGUGGUUUGAGAAAUAUUACACCAAAGUGCGGCCACAGCUCCUUGCUGGCGAAAGGAAACGUAAGCGAGAUGAGCAGGAUGAGAAGGAUGGAGAUGAUUUUUUCUUUGUGUCCUCCCGCGGUAAGCCAAUUAACAAUGCAGCUGGUGAUCUGAUAAAGCUCCAGCAAAAGUGCAACGUCCCCCAGGUGAGCAGCCAGGUUGUACGGAGGGUAUUUGAGACAGCAGCUAACCGCCUGGAUGACCCUCAGAAGAAAGCAGUUUCUGACUACCUGGCCCAUUCUGGCACAACAGCUGACAGACAUUACAGGAUGAAAUCUCUUGAAUCCAUUGUGAUAGCUGCUGGUCUGCUGAAGAAAUUACAGAGGCAGAAGAAGUCAAGUGCUGGGCCUUCCGGAGAAGGGACCCGUCAAGAGGCUCUUGGAGAAGGGACCAGCCCUCAGUCAGUGGAGUCUUCCAGCCAUGGUGACCAUUGUGCUCUCCCUCAGCCUUCCUUGAGACAGCUACUGAUCGAUUUAGAGAGGAUUCCUGAGGGAAAUCUCAAAGUCAAAUUCCACGAGGCAUUCAAGUCCCUCUUGGAAAACCACCCUGUGACACUGAGUGGUCAAAUCCCAAAAGUGAGAAUCCGCAGGGACACCUCGGAGGCCAAUCAGCGGAAGCUUUACACGCACUGGGCGCAAAAGCAAUUAGAAAUGUGUGUAAAACACACCCGUGAACAAUUCAAUCGGAGGAGGCCAACGAAAGAGCGUGUCGACACAUGGGUCAAAAAGCAGGGAUGGAAGUGCAAGGCUGCCAACAUCAGCACUGAGGUUGUGGAGAACUGGGCACCAUCUGGAUCUGAGGACCGCAUCAUGGACAACAAACGGAUCCAGACAUUGGUGAAAACACAAGACUGGAAAGGACUGCACAUCACACAGUUUGAAGAGAAGGGCGAUGGGAUCAUUACGACCCGCACUUUUAAGAAAGGCCAGGUUGUAUGUGAUUAUCAUGGGCCUGUUGUUAGUGGAAAGGAGGGCGAGAACAUACACAAAAACACAACUGGAAAGGAGACUGGAUAUAUCUUCUUUUUCCGGAACAGUAAAGGACAGCCAAUGUGCAUUGAUGCCCACUCAGACAGGUGUCAUUGCCACCCUGACAAGAGAACAUUUGGCAGGCUGGUGAAUCAUUCCAAAAAGAACUCGAACAUCAAGCCCCUGCACUGUGUGGUGGACAAGCAUGGAGAAAUGAAGGAUGUGAUCCUUUUCAUUGCAACCAAGGACUUGCCAGUGGGUGAGGAAGUUCUGUUUGACUAUUGAGUCAACAAAAAAUCUUUUAACAAUGAGGGGUCGGACCUUGACUGGCUCUAGCAGGGCAUCAGCCUUCAGAGACACAUAUGACAUGUCCCUGGUUGGUGAAAUGUUUCAUCUGUGUGUUUGUUUGUGCUGAUGGCUCUUUAAAGGAUAUGGAUGAGGACUCCAAAAUCGUACCAUGACCCGUUUGGUGAGAUGUUUCAUAUGUUUUUUAGUGGAUCAAUUCUUGGCAUGUAUGGAUAAACUUUCUGAAUAUGAUGCGUGGCCUUUGACCUUUGGGGGGUGGUGGGGCGGCGGGUGACUCCUAAAGCUUAGAGGGCAUCUGCCUUCAGAGACACAUAUGACAUGUCCCUGUUUGGUGAAAUGUUUCAUCUGUGUGUUUGUUUGUGCUGAUGGCUCUUUAAAGUAUAGGGAUGAGGACUCCAAAAGCGUGAAAUGACCCAUUUUGGUGAAAUGUUUCAUAUGUGUUUUUUAGUGCUGAUUUUUGUUUUUGUUGUGUAGCUGUUUUGCAACUUGUUCUAGCUUGUGUAACUUAAAUUGAGGUUCUGUGGUGAUAUCCUGUUUCGUAUCUUUAGAGAUAUAUCAAUUAAAAAUCUUAUUAAUUCUA